AUUUGUAUUCAAAUCGUGACACACAUCAAGAGAAGAAAGAAAAACAAAAAAGAAAAAAAACCAAAGAAAACUAAAAGAAAAAUGGCAAAGGCUGUUUUGCUCCUUUCUGCACUUUGCAUUUUGGCCUUUGCCAACUUGGCUCAAUGCCAUGAUCGGUUCCUCAAUGUUGAAGGCAGUGUCUAUUGUGACACUUGCCGUGUUCAAUUUGAGACCAGACUCAGCGAGUACAUCGAAGGUGCAACGGUGAGGCUGGUGUGCAGAGACAUUGAGACAGAAAAGGAGACAUACACAGUAGAAGGUGUGACAGACAAGAAUGGCAAAUACACACUAAAAGUAGAAGGUGACCAUGAGAAUUCACUUUGUGAUGUGGGUAUUGUCAAGAGCCCAAGAGAGGAUUGCAAGGACCCUGCUCUUGGUUUUGAGAACUCAAGAGUUGUGUGCAGUGGAAAUGUUGGCAUGCACAAUCCAACUCGUUUUGCUAACCCACUUUUCUUCAUGAAGAGUGAGUCUGUUGCUGGAUGCAAAGAGGUUCUUGAUGAGUUGGGUUUAUUCCCACUUGAAUUUUAACUAAAUUAUAUAUUAGCUUUUGCCCUUUUUGUUGAUUUGGUGAAUCAAGAAGGAGGAAAAAAAAGUGUUGGUGACUUCUCCUGUAUGUGUACUCACCAUGGACUGAAAAGUUCAAUGAAUUGUUAAUGAAUAAGGAGUUUUCAUGAGUA